AUGCUGACAGAAGUCCAGGAGGCGAGCGCGUGGCUGCCUUCGUCCUCGCCGUCCCCCCCUCUCCUUUCCUGUCCUCCCGCUGACGCAUCGUCUCUUCCGUUGCCUUCCCUCGCCGGGCUGCCUUCUGCCUGCCGAGCGUCUCCAUCCGGCCCUCCGCGCCCGCCUCCCGCGCCUCCUCCGCCUUCCGAAACCCCCUCGCCUGGCGCCCAUCGCUCCCGGAGCUCCUCGCCGCUUUGCACCUUUUCCUCUCCCUGGGGACUUCUGCGCGAGAGACAGCCGGAGACAGCCGAGGCGCAGAACGCAGAUCGCCUGCGUCCGGCUGCCCCUCAUCCUUCGCCGAGGAACGCCGGCGCACCCGUGGAGCCUCUCUCACCUUCCUACACAGGCUCGCAGCCAUGGCUGUCUCCGUUGCCUUCUGCCUCUCCGUCUCCGCCUUCUCCGUCUCCGCCUUCUCCGUCUCCGCCUUCUCCGCCUUCUCCGUCUCCGCCUUCUCCGCCUUCGCCUUCGUCUCCUUCAGCGGCGUCAGUUACGUCCCCCGCCAUCUCGUGCGUAUGUCCCCGUGAGCUGUCGUCUUGGGCCUCGUGUUGUCGGUACUGCUUGACGUGCAUCCAAUGCCACAAGCAGCUCGCGUUUGAAGAGGAAAGCGGCAGUGUGUUUCUGCGUCAGUUCCUGGAGUGCCGGGGCCUUCUCCAUCAGCUCGCCGGGGUGGAGAAAGACGAACGGGAGGCCGCGGAAAAGGUUCUCUUUCGCUCGGCGUCCCGACCGGGGGUGCUGCUGGCUUUCACCGCUUUCGCGGUGUCCGGACAGUCCGAGCGAGGCUUCGUCCUCUCCUGCAUCCACGCGCAACACUACGCUGCUGCACACAGCUCUGCAGACAAAUCGAGCGAAAGGAGCAAGGGAAGAAGGCGAACGCUCAGCGGACGGCGACACUGGCGUGGGAAUGCGAGGGACGGAAAGAACGGAGCGAUUGCAGAGAGCGAGGAGGACGUGGCGGGAAGCAGAUGGCAACAAAGAAGAGACCGAAGGAACGAGAUCACGGAUAAUGCGCCGGGGAGAACAUGCGAAAGGACGCGAGGCAAGACGCAGGAGCGAAGCACCAGUGCAAGCCCUGAAGAUGCAGCCGAGGGAGCAGACGCGUGUCGCGUUCUGUCGUCGUCCUCACCAGCCGCGACACAUCCGGACGGGCGAGAAGGGGCGGCCCAAGGCAGGCGAGCCCGAGGACCGUCCCCGUGUUCUCCGUCCUGUGGGAAGUUUGACGCGUUUCGGGGAACCGGACACCCUGUCGAAGACAAUUUCGCAAAACACUGCGACAGCCACCGUCACAAGUCGGCACCCGAGAGCGACUCUGUGUCCCCGCAACCUUUCCACAGGGAAGGGCGCUGUCGCGCCUCUCGAACCACUGACGAAGACGAUGGCUCAGCCUCUGUCGAUCUCUCCUUUUUCCUCACCCCGCCUUGGGCAACUCCCCUAAGCCUCGUCAAGGUCGGGUUCUCUUCUUCUUCUUUGUCUCCUCCGCUCUCCCUGUUUGGGUGCGAGAGGGAGGCUGAGGCGGAUCCUGUGACCGUUGCAGAGUCCUCUCUGCCUUCGCUUCAGUUGCUGUGUGCGACGCUGCUUUUGCGGCGUGUGGUGACUCCUCACUGGGAGGCGUUUUCUGCCGCCGAGCGGCUCGCAGCUUCGUACCUCCUCGCCCACGCGCUGCUGCACUCGACGGCGCUCCUGCGGCCGCACCUCCAUCGCCUAGUCACUGCCGUGCUGCUUCGCCGCUCCCGCCCGACAGGCCCGAGGCGCGGGGUGCAUGCGGAACGGGAACUCCACAGAGAGGACGGCUCCGAUGGCGAGCGAGCGACGACCUCGCCUUCCUUGCGCAGUGCGUCUUCUGACGGCGGGGAGACAGAAGCCGGCGGUGAGGGCCCGCUUCGAGGCGGCGAGCUGAGCGCACGGGGAAACCGGCGAGACGCGUGGAUGCGCGGCAGCAGAGAGAGGAACGCAGAGGGAGGCGGGAAGGACGCAGACGGAAGACCGGAAAGGGAGGCGCACGGGGCCAGGCGAGAAGAAACCGGACUGGGAGGAGAACCGAGAAGUGCAGGCGGAGAUGGAGCGCACGUGUCCGACGCGGCCAACGCAGAAGACGCAGCAGGCAUGGAGACGGACGGAUGCCAGCUGGACCGAGACAGUUUGCGAAGCGCGACAGAGGCCCGCAGAGAGCGACACGCGGACCCAACAAAUCCCGCGGGGGCUACGUCCCUUUCAGAGGCUGCUUCACGGCCUAGGGCGACGUGCAACGACGGAGCGAAAGCGUCGGAAGCCGAAACGAGGAGACCAAAAGACGAAUGUGAAGACGACGAAGACUGGACUCAGCUCCGCGUCCAUGUGCUGGUUCUGCUUCGGUUGUCGCUGGAAGCGUCGCCCGCGUCUCGGGCUGUGUCCACAGCUGCCUCGCCAUUGUCGUGCGCACCCUCCUCCACUUGCCUUCUGGAGGCGCAGCUGUCUCUUUUGUCUCUUCUGCGCGGCCUCGUGGACGACGCGUUCGCGGCCCUCGCACUGCCGCGCUCCUUCGCUUCCCUCAGCCGGCAGUCUGCGCUCUUUCGGCGCCUCGGCACUGUCCCUUCCCCGUCGUCCUUCUGUCCCUUUCUGCAGGCGCUUCUCGCCGCACUUCUGCAGGCCCUCGCCCGCGCGCGUCCCGCCACCGGCGCCUGCUUCGGGUUCCCCCUCUGGGGCCCCACCGCGGGCGGCGGCGCCUCGGCUGCGUCCUGCCUCGCUGGAGACGCAACGAGCCGCACCAUCGCCCUGACGAAAGCCCGCCUGAAAGCCGAGCUUUCUCUUCCGUCUCCGCUCCUCGCCCAAGCCGUCGUCGACCUCUACCGAGCGAUCCUCCGUGCAGUCGGUCGCCCCUCGCUCUCUUCGUCUCUCUCUUUUUCUCUCUCUUCUUCUCUCUCUUCGUCUCUUUCUUCUUCUCCUUCUUCUUCUCCCUCUUCGUCUUCUCGCUCUUCCGUCUCGCUCUCUGAGGAUCCGCCGUCUCGUUUCCCGGCUCCGCACAAUUGUGCUCCCCAGCCCUCUCUCGGCUCUCGCCAAGGCCGCUUGGAGUUGCUGCGUGCAGCGCGCACAUCACGGCGGCGACGCCGCGCAAGCGCGUGGGUCUACAGAGCUUCUGAGGCGUUUCUCUCCUGUGCGCUUGCUUGGGAAGCGAUCCUCGCCCCUCUGGCUCUGUCCGUGGACCCGUUUGCGUCGCUCUUUCUCGAUUUGCUCCGCUGCGCGAGCUCGCGCCUCACCGACUGCGAGUACCUCGAAGUGGCGGUGUCUUGCGUCAGUGCUCUGGCGGCGGUUCCUCGCCUUCUCGCCCUCCUGGAGACGCGCUGCGCCGCUUGGGCCUGUCGCCUCCCUCGCUUGCUUGCGCAUGCUUCUUCGAGUCGCCCGCAAAAGAGCGCGCGCAAAUCUCAGGGACAAAGCAAGAGCACCUCCGCCUUCAAACCGGACUGGGAACGGCGCCGCCUGGCGCCUCAGGAUCUCCGGGGUUUCGGUGUCUCUUCUAUGCACGUUGUCGCGAGUACGCGGUCGCAGAGCGAUGAGCGGCAGACGGAGACGCUCGCCGGCGGAGCCUCUGGGGAUACGAGGCCCGACACGCAGCCGCCGGUGAACGCGCAGCUCGGCGAACGCGCCACGCUUGACACCGCCCGUCCCAACGGGAGAGCGACGACCGGGGAGACGCCCUUUGGAUGCAGGCAGCCUCUCGGGGAGUCCGGGAGGUCAGGGAGCGGCUUCGAGGGAAAAGCAGGAAGCGCGAGAGAGAGCGACAGAGAGUGCGAGGCAGUAGCGGAAAGAGGAAGCAGGGGAUUUGUUCGCCGCGCCGAGGCGGUGGCUGCUGAGUUUCACACAGCCUCAGUGAGCCGUACGUGCCCCGACCGCCUCGAGGGCGGCGAAGAAGGCGCCUACCGUAGGGGAAGCGACUCCGCAGAGAAGCGGCCUGGAGAAGCUCGCCACGGAGACAGGCCUGAUCCAGAGCCUGACGGGUUCUCGCGAGUCAACGGGCCGGAGGCGCAGGCUGAACCGCCGAGGUUUCAGCCGUCUGAAUCGCGCCCUUCGUUUGCGUCGAACUCUGCGUCGCCUGGAGGGUUUGUUUUCUGUGUUUCGUGUCUCGCGUCCUUCGCUGGGAGCUCCGGGCAAUGGCACGAAGGGAGAAGCGUUUUCGCAGAGAGACGGCGCUUGGCGUGGAACCUCGGACAGCUGAGCCUGAGUUUCGGUUCGUCCGUCGUCGCGCGUUUGCGGCAGACAGCGAUACACACAGCGAGGGCUUCUCUCGACGUCAGCAUCGAAGUCCUCGGCCGCUACUUCCGCAUGUUCGACACUCUCUUGCUCGACGAAGAAGACGGCGGCGGGUUCGUCUUUGCACAAGACGGUGGAGCCCGCGGGUUUCGGCAACGUGGGCGACGACACUCCGGUGUCACGCUUGUGAUUCAGAGCGCCCUGGAAGCCGAAACCGACGCGAGACUCUCCAGCCGCGUUCCUGCCGUUAUGCGGCUCUUCGGCCUCUGCAUCGCGCCUGCGAACGCUUCGUUUCUCGCGCGGCUGCGCCGCGGACGAGUCGUCCACGCAAUCAAAGUCGCGGCGUCACCCGCCAAGGACGAGGCAGAGUCCCCGCCUUCAUUUCUCGUCCUGUCGGGAUCUAUCGAGGAGGACGGCGGCCAGACGCUCCCUUCUGACAGUCCGCGAGAGACGGUUCGUUCUCCGGAGCGACUAGCCCGAGACGGCGACGGCAUCGAAGGCGAGCAGGCUCCCCGGCAGACACCUGCCGAGAGCACCGACCUCGCUCGCGCAAGGCGCUUCGCGUCUCUUUCUCCCUGUUUGUGCACGUCUGACGUCACAUCGAUCGUGGAAGAAGAAGAGGAAGAAGACGAGCAAGAAGGGGAACAGAUGCGCAGGGCGUUGGAGACUGCGGCGGCAGUGAUUGAGGCUGCUACGUCUAUGAUUCAACUGGGAGAGAUGCGGAAGAGAGAAGGCGCUCCCAGUUGGUGGAAGCUGACCGAGGCCCUCGCCCACAUUCUCACAGCUCCGGAGCAGAACGCGCGCACGGGAGAGGCGCAACCAGGCCAAGCGCGCGAGACGAAUCCUGCAGGUGCCGGCCACGGGGGAAUCCCGUUGUCUCCUCGCCGCGAAGCAGACGAGAAAAAAAAUCCAAAGAGAGACAGUGACUUCCCCCCACCUGUGGAUCGCGAAGGCGACAUGGGGUCUCCUCUGGCCGUCCCCUGUGUCUCCUCCCAAGACUACGGAGACGCCCAGCGCGCAACUGCUGGGACGCCCGCACGCUGGCCGCCACGUGAGUCGGGACUCGACGGCGGGAGCGAACGCACACAAGGAGAAAGUCACGAGAAAGAAGAAAAAAACAAGCCUCUUCUCCAGGGACGGGCCCUUGUUGUCGCCAAAGACCUCGCAACCUAUCUCGUCACCCGCUACGGUGCCGAGGAGCUGCAGGCACUCGCACGCUUGGCUUCCCGAAGCUGCACAGACCCUCAGCAGCAUGCGGUCGUCAGGCUGUGCAGCUUCGUCGCCUUUGAGGGGUUCCUCGCUGCUCUCAAACAGAGCGCGACCGCCGUGGCGUUCGAGUUCGACUGGAUUCGCGCGGUGAUUGAGAAUGCGCGCGAUCUCCUUCCGCUUCUCUCCGCCUCCACGUGCGCCGAUUUCCUGCGUCUUCUGCUCCGGAUCUUGACGCUCUUCCCUGUCGACUCGGGCCUCUACUCCCCGCCCCACAUGCAACGGCUGAUUUGGACGGCGUGGAAAAAGGCGGUUCAGAUGCCUCAGCUGAACGGCGCCUUCCAGGCGCUGCUCAGGGCGUGCAUCCUUCGCGAGAGAGGCGGGAAAGAGCAAGGCGAAAUCGAGACGGGCGAGGCGAGCAAUGAACAGUCCAUCAGCGCCGCAAUUCAGGAGCGUUUGGCGGCUCCAUUGUGUGGCCUUCUUGAAGCUCAUCGUCUGAGCCUGGCAGCGAAGGCGGAAGGCGCGCGCGGCGCGGGUCUCGCUUCUUCACCGUGCGCGCUGCCGUCUUUGCCUGCCUCCGCCCACGUCGCCUGCAUGUGUGCAGAGGCCUUGGGAACGUUCUUCGCCUCUCAGCCUCUCCCGCCUUGUGCGUUUCCUCGCGCCUCCCUUGAGGCUUCCUCGCUUUCGGCCUCUGCCGGCGCUUCCCCGCGUUGUGCAUCCCGGCCGCCCUCGCGCGCAGAGAGCGGCGUGUCUGGCCUUGACGCUGUUGAGGCACAGGGGCGGAGAUUCUCACAGGAGGAAAGACCGAAACGAGAAGAAGCCUGGCGCAGUGCUGCGGGCUGCUCGUCUCCAGGGCGCUUCUCAACUGCUCCCGGGCUGAGUUCCGAGAGAGGCGGAGGCCGAGUGCUGGGCGGCGAGCGGGAGCUCGGUGGCGAUUUACGGUUCGCGUCCCGCUUCUUCUCGACGGAAGAGAGAAGCGUGCAGGAAAAAGAGGCGGGCGAAGCAAAUCGAACGGUGGGGCGGCGAGGCGCCGUGAUAGCACCUCUCCUUCCGCUUCUCUGGGAAGGCAUCCGCGAGCUGUGUGGAGCCUGCAUGAUGACUGAAGACGACGAGUUGCUGCGGGUAGCGGCCGAGUGCAUCGCCGAGUUUCUGCUCCACACGCACGCGCCGCCCGCCGCUCUGCUGCUUCCUGUGGGCUCGCCCACUUUCCCUUCCUAUUCGUUUGCUGGCGACGGGACAGCGUCCGCAGCGGGCGAAGAAUCCGGAGAGGCGCGGCAGCGCGACGGCGCGCGCCACGUGCCGCCACGGUGUCUAGACACCCGGCGCGGCCCGCCUGCGUCUCCGCCGCCUUCAGCCGUCCCGUCGUCCGCCGGCGAGUUUCCUGGAGAGGUCGAGGCGCCCUCCGAUCGCGUUUUGUCUCAGCUGUCUCCGACGGAACGGGAACGAAGAGAAAUGACGGACGCCCUUCUGUUUCCGUUUCUGCUUCCCGUCGCCGGCCGCCUCCUGAACGACAGCAGCUUGGACGCCGCUGCCACGCCGCACUUGGCUGGUCUCUGGGAAACGAUUUUCUUUUGUUUUUUCUUCGACCGCAAACUGCUGUUUCCCUCGCAUCUGCAAGAGCUGCUGCUCCUUCUCGUGCGGCGGCAAGCGGCCUUGAAGGGAGCGGGGGCCGUGCAGAAGGCGCAGCGCGCAGAACUCCUCACUGGUACCUGCUGGCUAGCCCUCUUCGACGCACCCUCUCUGAUUCGUCUCCUUUCCACCACACGGCUCGACGAGAGCACGGCGCCGUGGCAGGCGGGUGCGCGCCGCCCGCAAGAAACCGCGAGGGCCGAGGACGCGCCGCCCGAGAGACAGCGGCAGACAGAAGGCAGGAGACCGGGCGUCCCGGAGAACGACGAAAUGGACCGGAGGAAAAGUGCUGGAGAGGCUGACGGAGAAAAAUGUGCUUUUUCAGGAACGGAAUGUCGCGAACGGGAGAGUGGACAGACGAGCGAGUCACGGGGAGACGGGAACCAAACUGGCAGGCAUCCGUUCGAGGAGGGCGGCAGUCACCCAUCCCGAGGAGACUCGUCCCACAACAGCGUACCCCUUCACAGGGAGCAGCGUCAGGAAGAAGCGCUGUUGCCCUGUCACCAGCAAGGAGACGCUUCCGGUUCGUCUGCGGUUCCGCAGUCGCCCUCGAUGUUGGCUGCGCUGCUGGCGGAAGUCGUCUGGGCUCUGCGACGUCUGCAGCCGCCUUCAGAGGAAGAGAGACGGUGGGGCAGAAGAUGGCGAGGACUCCUGGGAGAGCACGUAGAGGCGACGCAAAGUGACAGUCUGAUGGGGAACGGCCUGAACAAGGCCGAAGAUCCCAGCGAAGAAUUGGGCUUUGAGCAAUCGCCAUCAGCGCACCUUGACCUGUCCCACCUCAUCAGACUGCGCUACACGAGGAAUGUCCUGGUUGCCUUCGUCUGUGCGCUCUUGGCUCACUGGGACGCCGCCGUUUGCGGGCUGUUUCCCUCCGGGCACAGUUCCCACCUUCCUUUUCCUGCGCGCCAGGUGGUCACCCCAUCCCUCUCGCGGGGCCCUUCAGGGUCGCCGAAGCGUACGCCGCGACCUAACGGUGUGUCUCGAUCCUCGUGCUCUUCUGAGGCUUGUAUGUGUGGUGUAUGGCGCGUGGCGAGUCUCGCGGCGGGCCAGAAAGGAGACGCUCAGGAGACAGACGAUGAGGACGGCCCUGCGAAAGCUGGAAGCAGCUGCAGCUUGGCAACCGAGCUUCUUAGCCACGUCCUUCGCCUGUCGAUUCCCGUGGAGACCCUUUGGCGCGGUGCAGUCUGUGCAGAUCAAGCGCGUCAUCUGGCAACGCGUGAGCAUCUGCCUUCUUCCUCGCCUCACUCUCGACAGCGAUCGCGCAGCUUGGAGCACGUGCCGCUUUCUUCUCUCCUUCCUGACGCAGAAGCACGCCCAGACGGCCGAGUAGGCCGCUCGAUCUCGGGGGUCUACAGCCACCAAAGCCCCCGGGCCGCGGGCGAGACAGAAUGCCAGCGAGAGCGGAACGGCCCCCAGGACGCGGCCUCGGCCGGCAGGUUCGAUUUUGGGCCUCCGACUAUGCGCGAAGGUCCGGUCCUGCAUGCGAAGGGAAGCGGGGACGAUUGGCAUAGAUCUGCGCAGGUAAACGACCGUUUCCUUGGUGCAGCUGUCUCGUCCUGUCAGCCCGCUCACGCGAGAGAACCAGGUCGAACUGACGUCGAUGCCAGUGGUUCUGGCUUUCCUCAAAGACGAAAAGAGGACUCGCGCCUGGCGUCGGUCACUCAGCCGUGGAUCGACGGGCAUGGCCCCUCGUGUCCCAAAGGAGGCGUCUCUGGCCAGCUCGGGCAUUUUGUCCCUUUCCUUUCGCAGGUGCCAGCGACAGAGGUGCAAAGCUCACUGUUCUGUGCGCAGGCGAGGGACACUGGAGAAGCAAGCGAGAGAAGCGAGGAACCCGUUCUGGGGGAAUAUCCCUCUUUGUCUCAUGGCACCGGAGCGACUGCGACGUCGUCUGCCGCCAUGUUCGGUGCCGCACGUAGACGCGGCACGGACAAGGCUCUCCCGUCCCGCCGCCCGUUCCCUCAGCCGGUCACAGACUUCCUUGUCGAGGCGAUUCUAGCUUUCCACGAAGGAUACACCUGUCUCCGUGGACGGCUGGUGGGGGGUCGUCGAGCCGUACGUGGCCAGCCAGUCACGAGGUGUCCAGUCUGCCAGCGCGAGAGACGGCGCGAAGCACGAGUCGGCAAACUGCACUCGACAAUAGGAACGGAUUCGGACUUGGGCACGAGAGAGAACUUGGUUCCGAGUUUGAAGUCCUCCGACGAGGACGACGCGGAAGAGGGACGGUCGCUGGAUAACACUCCGGCACGCACGAGCUCCAGUCGUUGCACUGUCUUUGAUGAGCGACGCGCACUCGACGCUGUCUUUCUCGUUCCCUGCGAAACGCGCGUCUUCGCCUUUCUUCACGAGCUCGUGGAGCGCGCCAAGGGGACACGCGCCAAGACGACGGAGACAGAUGUCUCCGGUGUAUGUGUGGGGUCUCUGUGGGGCAACCUCGACUGGCGGCUCCAGGAGCUGGUCGUGCAUCUUGUUGCGCCUCGCGGGAAUUCUGAGACGAGCCCAGCCGACCCGCAGGAGUCCGCAGAAAAGCUCUCGACGGAGUACAGUUCAUGUCUACUUUCCGUCAGUGGUGAAGACAAAUACACUGCAGUUGUGCGACGCUCACUUCCGCAGAAUGCCACCGCCCUCACUGGCAUGGAAAGCCCCGGGGUGAGCCAGGAUGCGCAGGUUGAUGUGCUGUAUGCAGCGCGUAGCAACGGUGGAAGGUCUGGCUCUUCCUUGAAGCCGUUCUGUGAUUCCAUUCAUGGCCUCAAUUCUAGCAGAGAUCAGCGCGCACCUCUCAAUCCCACCUCCCUAACGGAACGUGCACGUGCCCCGGGACCCCACGACGACAGCUUGUGGAAGCGAGACUCCAGUCUUGAACAAGGUGCGCCUACGGCCACACAUCGGCGAGAAUCGGGAGAAGGUGGAGGGCGAAGCAGUGCCGAGCAUGCAAGGCUGUCGCGGUCCUUUGACUCUCCAUCAGAGCCUGAGUCGCGCUGCCUAAGACCCGAACAGGUGUGGGAUCGGCACUACGAGGACCAGAGAACUGACAGGGGAGACACCCUGGGGGGACCUGACGGAACGCGUGGUGGUUUGCAGGGGCCAGGCAGCUCUGGGUUUGCGCCAGGCGAGGACGAUGAUGAGGAACUGGAGAUGAAAUGUGACUGA